GCGGCGAUGCGGGGCGGGAUGCGGGACCGGGACGGGCCCGGCCCGGGGGGCUCCGCCUGCGGGGCCGGCCCCGCCGCCUGCCCCUGGGGCUGCGCGCCCGGCCCCGGCGGCUGGAACGGCGCGCCUUUCUGCCCUUGGCACCGCCUGUCCGGCCUCGGCGAGCUCCCAGUGCUGCCGCGGGGCCCCUCCCAGACGGUGAUCCAGUGCGAGGAGGGGGAGGUGUGUCUGCUCUGGGACGACGGUCCCAGGCUGGAGCAUUUCUACCAGCUGGAGGAUGACGACGAGGAUGAGUCCGACACAGAUUACGAGGAGCGGGAUGAGUUUUGGGACGUUCCCCUCGUGGAGCGGCCCCGGCCUUACAGCUACUGCGGCUUCCGAAAGUCCUUCUUGUGUGCGGAGCCGCCGCCGCAGCCCCCCCGGGCCCCCCCGAGCGCCCUGGAGGCGCGGCUGGACCGGCUGCCCACGCCCCGCCGGGCCCGGCUCACGGCUGAGGAGGCAGAGAGGAACGCCCAGGAGCUGGUGGCGGAGGAGGAGCGGGUGAAGAAGAAAGCAGAGAAGAAAAAGCUGAAGAAGAAGAAGCAAAAAGACCGGAAAAAACGAGAGAAACUGUGUCAAGAGCAGAAGAACAAGGAGAACACUGACCCGAGUCCCCCGGCCCCGAGCAGCCCUGCGGGCACGGGGCCCCCCCGGGAUGGUGCUGAGGAGGAGGGGGGCUGCACAGGCCCCUCCCCACACCCCGGGAGCUCCACGGCCCCAUCGGAGGACACAGAGGGAGCAGAGGAGGAGCUGGACCUGAGCUGCACCUUCGUCUGCAAAGCACGGGAGAAGGCGGGGGUCCGGCUGCGCCCCCCCGGCAAGGAGAGACCCCCCGGCACAGGGGACACGGAGCUGGGCAGGAGGGCACCAGAGAAGGGCAGGGGGGAGAGCCCUGCCCCUCCCCAGCCCCCUGGCCCCGGUGCAGUGGAGCAGAGCCUGAUGCUGGCAGGCCACGGGAUCGCUGCAGCCCAGGCAGGCCAGCACGACGAGGCCGUUCGGGCCUUCAGCGCUGCCCUGGAGCUGAACCCCCAGGAGCACCGGCUCCUGGGGAACCGCUCGUACUGCCUGGAGAAGCUGGGCCGCUACGAGGAGGCACUGAGAGACGCGGAGGCGGCGCUGGGGCUGCAGCCGGGCUGGCCCAAGGGCUCCUUCCGCAAGGGCAAGGCCCUGCGGGGCCUGCAGCGCUACGCCGAGGCCGCGCACACCUUCGAGCAGCUGCUGCUGCGGGACGGGGCCAAUGCCGAGGCCGCUGCACAGCUGGAGGCCUGCCGGGCCCUGCUGCGGCAGCGCAGCCGCUCCGGGGCAGUCCCUGUGUCCCCCUUCCUGCCUGAGACCAAAGAGCCGCCGCUUCUCCCUGGGGGGUGGGUGAGCGGGAGCAGCCAGCACACAGGUGACACGAGUGUGGCGGGGGGGAGCACCGGGACCCCCGCGAGAGGCCCAGGACAGGGACCUGCCACAGCCACCAGCCACCCGACACUGCCACCAAGCCAUCCUGCCAGGGACUGCUUUCCGCUCUGGGUGGGCAAUGUCACCUCCCGCAUCAGCGAGAAGGUGUUGCGCCACACCUUUGGCCGGUUUGGGGAGAUCCGCUCGGUGCGGAUGCUGCCGGGCCGGCGCUGUGCCUUCAUCAACUUCUGCGGGAAGGCGGCGGCGGAGGCGGCCUUCGGAGCCAUGCAGGUGAGCUGGGGGGGCAUGCGGGGCCCCCCGCCCUGGGGCUGCCCUGGGACACCCCUGCCCGCAGGGCCUGUCCCGGUGCGAGCUCCCCCCGUCCCCAGGGUGCCACCGUGGAGGGCAGCGAGCUGGUGCUGCAGCUCAAGCACCCGUCCCACGCCACGCCGGCCCCCCCGCCCCGCUCCAGGGCGGGCGUCCCUGCCGGGGGGCUGCUCAGAUGACCCUGCUCUGUCGGGGGGGGCUGCCGGGGCCCCCCUGCACCUGCCUGUACCUGCCUGUACCUGCCUGUGCCUUGUACCCCUGCUGGGGGUGGGAGUGUCCCCCGCUCCUGCCUUGGGGGGGUCGGGGCCCCCCUGCAUCCCCUCGUGCCUGGGGCGGUUGGGCCCGGGCUGAUCCCCACGGCCCCUCAGGGAUUUGUUACCUGUUCGGGUUUUAUAAUAAAACUGAGAUCAUUGUC